ACAUAAAGGAAAAGUGCCCGGUAUCGUUCCCGACACGUUUUUAACAACCAGUAAAAAUCCAGCCAGUUUAAGGAUAACGUGAAUAGGACUGUUGAUGGGGGUUGUGAAUCGUAACCAACGUUAGUUAAGCCACUGUGAAUGGUGAUGGUAAGAGCGUACACGUCCUUUUGCAUGACCUCGCUCUAACCAGCAGACAUGUGGGUUUUCGGAUACGGGUCUCUCAUAUGGAAAGUGGACUUUCCUUAUGAGGAUAGGCGGAUUGGGUACAUAAGAGGCUUUAGCCGCCGCUUUUGGCAGGGCAGCACUGACCACCGGGGAGUCCCAGGCAAGCCCGGCCGGGUCGUAACGUUAGUGGAAGACGCCAAGGGAUAUGUUUGGGGUGUGGCGUACAAGCUUCCAACGGGUCGAGAACAGGAAGUGAAGUGCUAUCUUGACCACCGGGAAAAAGGUGGUUACCAGGUCAUCACAGUGUCCUUUUAUCCCCGUCCACCUCUUACUCCUCCUCCCAGUGAGGUGAUGCUCUACAUCGGCUCUCAGGACAACCCAGACUACCUCGGCCCUGCACCUAUGGAGCAGAUAGCCAACCAGAUUGUCAACGCCACUGGGCCAAGUGGGCGUAACACAGAAUACCUGUUUCAGUUGGCUGAUGCUCUGAGGAGACUUAUUCCUGAGGACUCAGACACACACAUCUUUACACUUGAAUCUCUUGUAAGAGAGAGGCUACAGAGUAGCACUUAACAAGACUGCAGACUGACACUUAACAUUCUCACAGAAAACAAAGGGGGAUGAGAUACUGAAAGAUAAGGAGAAACACUCAGAUUAGUCAUCUCAGGGUUAUAGAUACACUUUUGCCAGCUGGAUACUUGUGAGAUACAAGAAGCUCAAUAUUAAUGCUACCAGUCUUUUUUCAUCCCUUCAGCCUCUCUUAAUUUCUUGAUCAUCAAAUCUUACCAUUUUACUUGCAUAUUAUGCAAACAUAUCAUAUUUACCAAAUCUCAUGAUUACAGCAAUAGCCUUGUGUGAAAGCCAGUACAGCUGACAUAGCUUUAAUCUUGUAAUAAUAUGAAACAGGUUAAAGUUUGGUUAAAGAUAGAAUGUCUUUUAAGACAAAUCAUAUCACUGGCAUUCCAUCUAGCCAACAAAAGGAAAUGUUAACCGAUGUCUCCUUCUAAACCUCAGAGAAAUUUAUCAUAUGCACCAUUGCCUCCACUUUUGUCCUUGGCAUAAUGCCACUGACAAAGCUCUGAUAAAGAUCAAAAACAGUUAUAUAAUCUUAUUACAAAACUGACAUUACUGCUUGGUCUGUGUCCAGUCCUGCCCGAGGAAGGCUGGUGGUUUUAGAUGGAGGAUAUCUGCAACUAUCUGCCAUACCUUUUAACUUAACUGUAAUAUACUGGAAGCAGACAAGGACUUACCCCCUUUCCCAACCCCCGGUCAUCGUCAUUACUUUGUGUACUACCUGAAAUUGCAGGUAGAACGAGAAUUUUAUUUUGACUUGUUGGAUUAGGUUACUGUUUAUUCAACAGUGUGUUUGAAUAAGAACCCUUAUUGGGUUUUCUCUGUGCUUCUUUCAUAAUUACCUCCUCUCCUUUUGUGCUUGUUUUAGUUUCUAAAGACAAUCUGGCAGACACAUUAACAUAAUAGCUAUCUCUGUAAGCUUAACAAUAUAACAACUGAUCUUGUCGGAUCUUGUUUCCUUAAUUGGCAUCAGAACAGGUCUAAUCCAGAACUGGAAACUCAGCACCUCAGGACUCAUUUCACUCCAUCCCUACCGCACCGUCUUACACCAAGCCAUACAACCACGCCCUUGUUUUCUCUAGACUGUUUAUUCUUUAAUGCCACACCAACUGUAAUAACAGCUAUGUUUCUCCUCAUUUUUACAAGCAUGCAUUAUGGCACGCCAACACCUCACAUACAACAGCAAUAAAUCAGAAAAUAAACCACUUCCUUCCACGUGCAGAAAUAAAGUGUUGAAUGCAUCCUCAACAAUCCUCUCCUUUCUUUCUCACUGGCAUCCACACGCACGAACAGACCAAGAAGGGUUUAGCCAUUUAACAGUGUUUAUUGGCUUUAGUCAGUAAGUAUCAGAAGCUCUACAGCGUAGCUAUAGAACAGUUUGGCACUAAACUAUAAGCAAAGUGUAGAUGGGCGGUGUUUAUACAGAGCGUUAUCUCAUAGAUGGAAGAGCAGCAUACCUAUGUGACGCACUACAUACACAUGAACAAAUGGUAUCAUAAAUGAACAAUCAACCUUUGGCAUAAAUAAAUACUGCAUCCCCUGUUCAUUCUUACCCUCUAAGAUAAAAUAAAACUCCCCACAAAUUGAACAAAGGUUUGAAAUGGUAAACAAUCACAACCCCCUUGGCGCUGACCUAUUAUAUGAACUAUACGCUGGGAUUUAUAGAAGUGUUAUAAUUUAUAGAAUUUUAUAUCAUACUUUUCAAAUAUUAAAGCAUUCUCAUUUUAGGAUUAUAGCAUCAGUUUGUUGCAUAAUAAUAUAUAAUAGUGUAACAAAUGUAAUAUAACUUAAUAUUUAGCAUCAAUAUGACAUUAAUAUUUCUUUUA